AUGGGGAAAAUGACAAUGCCAUCGACGCAAAGCUACGUUUUCGAAUGGUUCUUUGGCAGUCGACAUGACAAGAAACCAGAGCCUGCGGCGACUACCCCGCCAACUGCGCCUGAACAAAUGCCCAGUGUGCGUAGGAAUGUGUGCGUCAAUCACGCGCUGCCUGCUAUGGAGGCGGAUCACUAUGGGGAGUCUAGGGUUUGCUAUGUCGGAAAGAAAUGA